AUGUCGUCCAGGCUCGACCGUCUCCUUCUUCUGCUUGACACUGGCUCAAACUCAUCAGUCCGAUCAACUGCCGCAAAACAACUUGCACAACUCGCCGCCAAGAGUGUCAUCAGCGAUGUCGCCGUCGAGGAGGACGUCAAGAGCCACCGCCUCCAUGCUUUGGGCGACCCUUCAGCUUGGAAUGAUCUCAUGUCCGUCGUAGCAAGAGUUCUUCCAUAUCUUCAUUCGAAAUCCUACGACACAAGAUCUGCCGCUACGUCGGCGCUAUCACAGAUCUUCUCUCUAGUGCCAGUUUGGCACCCUUAUCACGAUGAACUCGCCGAUGCCGUCAAGGAAGAGGUCGAUGAAGCCAACGCUGAAGCCCCGCCUGACUUUCCGACUGUCUCCGUCCAAGAGCUUUGCUCCGUUCAAACAGAUAAACUCCUCGUUGGCUCCUCUGGCAAGGAGUUCAUCAAGCCGCCCGUAUUGACAUCCGCUGCCGACGUCAAGAAAGCGCGGAAAGAGGCAAUGGGCCGCCUCGGACUUGAUUUUCUCGACGAUGACGACCUAGACCUCGACAUGGACCUCGACAAGGAACUCGGAGCUAAUGACCAACCCGAACCCGAGGAGGCUAACGGGCAUGAUAAUGAUAAUGGGCUGCACAUCAAGACCGACAUCCCACCUUCUGACGAUCCGUUCGACGCUAGCUCGCCCCUCACGCCCAUCGAUACCAAGGUCAACUCGACCAAGGAGCCGUCGCCCGUGGAUCGCUCCAAGUCCAGCACGCCUGCACUACCUAAUCCCCCGUCACCUAGUGCAUCAGCACCGGACGACCUUGCCGGCCUAUCCGCUCGGGAACGUAAUCGGUUGAAACGCAAGCGAAAGGUCGGAAAUAGCGCCUUCGUCGCCGCGCCGCCACCACAAGCCUCCAGCUCGAAGUAUGCUGCCGUACCUGUGGGCAAUAAAGCACGCGUGGUCGCCAAGGAAGACAAGCCAUCCGCGAGUUCCUCUCGCUUGACCAGUCCACCGGCUACGACAGAGAAGGUCGUUGUUGACCCGACGAAGGGCGGGGCUGUUUCGCCCAAGUCCGAAAAGCAGAUGCAGGCCCUACGUGUUGAUCCCGGCGUCUGGGUCUGGGAUGGGCUCGUGAAGGUGCUCGAGGUCGACCUUUUCAGCCCGGCGUGGGAAGUACGACACGGCGCGAGUAUGGCGCUUCGUGAGCUCCUCAAAAUACAAGGCGCGCAUGCGGGUACACGAGCUGGCCUCUCAAGAGCGGUCAACGCACGCGCGCACGAAGCGUGGUGUAAUGCUCUCGCAGCGAAACUCCUUUGCGUCUUCGUCCUCGACAGGUUCAGCGACUACGGUGGCGAUCAAGUCGUCAGUCCAGUGCGCGAAACGACAAGUCAGACGCUAGCCGCGUUGCUCCUCCAUAUGCCGCGUCGCUCAGUCCGACAUGUACACGCCAUCUUCCUUCAGAUGAUCCGCCAGGACUUCCCCAUACCUAGUCACGCGUUCAUGCAACCUGCUGGGCGUGCCCCGCCACCAGUCAAGGGCAAGCGAGGGCGUAAGGCUGCCGCGGAUAACUCGAAGCCUAAACAUCUGUGGCAGGUCCGCCACGCAGGACUGCUUGGGUUGCAGUACGAGAUGGCCGUGCGGAGCGAUAUCUUCACGGAGGGCAAGGAAGAGGAGACCGACGCAUCGCCAGUCAAGAUGGAGGUCGACGAGCCAACGUCGCUUAGUUUGGGCACCGGCCAGCAGAUUCUUCAAGAGGUUGUCGACUGUGCGAUGCUCGGUCUAGGGGAUGGCGAUGAUGACGUACGCUCGAGUGCGGCGUCUUGUCUCCUACCCAUCGUCUCGCACAUUGUGAACUCGCUCGAGGCGACCCUGCCGCUUCUUCUGAGUGUGCUCUGGAACUGCCUAAGUUCGAUGAAGGACGACCUCAGCUCGAGUGUUGGCGUCGUCAUGGACUUGCUGGGCAAGCUGGUAUCCUAUGAUAAGGUCAUCGCUGUGCUGGCGAGCAGCUCGACCUCUCAACCGCUGACUGCGUUGGCGCCCACCCUCUUCCCUUUCUUCCGGCAUACCAUUGUCUCUGUUCGCCUCGCUGUGGUCGAGACACUUCACUCCUUCAUGCACGUCACAAGUCUGCCGAAAGACUGGAUCAACGACCACUUCUUGCAGUUGCUCUUCCAGAACCUCAUUGUCGAGGAGCGGAUGGACAUUCGGACGGCGACUUCCGCUGCGUGGCGUACGGCGCUUAACACGCUCAGCAAGCAACCUGAUUGGCUCCAGAACACUGUUACACCGCAAUUGCGUUUGGACUGGUUCUCGCUGACGAUGACGCCCAUCGGCGCUCCCCUUGAUCAAUCCGUCUUCUUCGAUCCGAAUGCCGACGGCGACGCGGAUAGCGUGGCGGUGGCCGAGCGGCACAACGUCGACAAGAACAUGGUCGCGCAGGAUCUCACGCUCAUUUCUCAGGACAUCGUCUGGCUGUCUCGUAUCGCCACGUCCAACGCUCUCGCAUACAUGCUCUUCCUCUGGAGUCCACCAGGCGACGCACUAGAGGAGGCGUUCCCGCCGUUGUUGACGCACUACGCAAAGUCUUCGAGCGUGCUCCAACGGGUGCUCACGGCUAUCAUCACGGAACAAUGGGCGCGCGAGUAUGAGGAUGAGAACCCUUCAUCGCCACCACUCGUCGAGCCUUCACAACUCGCCCGGACGAUGGCUGAGCUGGCUCUCGAGGUGCUGCAGGCAGAGCCGCCAACGGCGUACUACGAGAUGGGGGCGGCGUUGCAUACGCUGAGCGUAGAAUGCCGUGCGCUUCUCGACGGCUUCCAUCGUGACUGCAAGAUUCCGGCGGGCAGCGUCCCGCAACUCGCAGCGCACAUCGAUUUGUCAGGUACAGAUCCGAACGCGUUCACCCUCGUUACUGCCGAAGCCACCGUCGGGCAGAUCUUCCAAUCGCUCAAGACCAGCCUUGGGCGCACACAGAAGAAGCCGCUGGCGGUGCUUGAAGAGAAGCGCAGAGCUGUCGCGGCGAAUAUUGAGCGGUACAAGACGGCCAAGACGAGUGAACACGAUGUGCGCGUCGCCGCUGCCUUUGCUGCUGCCUUUGUGGCCCUUCGCAGUACGCCGAACAAGGUCAGCCCCAUUGUCAAGGGGAUCAUGAAUGGCAUUAAGAUGGAAGAGAACGUGCACUUGCAAACGCGCUCCGCCGUCGCCGUGGCUCGUUUCAUCGACUUCUGCGCUGCCCAUAACCUCGCGCAACCGCCCGACAAGAUUGUGAAGAACCUGUCGACGUUCUUAUGCCAGGACGUAGAGCGCACGCCAACCUUCGCACAGCACCGCAAGAUGAACGACGGCAUAUUGUCCUUCACCAAUGCCCAUCAAACGCAAGAGCAUGCGGCGAGUGCCACAAGUGCCGCCGACGAAGUCCGACUGGAUAAGUCACGUAUCAGUCGGCGCGGCGCUCGCCUGGCGUUCGAGCAAUUGUCUGCUCGUUUCCGCGCUCAACUACUUGACACGGUGCCCAACAUGUGGCCGAGCAUGGCAGGCGGGCUUCAGAGCGCAUGCGAGCUCGAGUCUGUCGAGGCGAUGGACGAAGCCAUCGAGAAGCAACAUGGGCAGGACGUCAUCGACAGUCUGAGCGUGCUGGAAGCUGUUGUACCAACACUCCACGCCGAUCUAUGGUCGAAGGUCUGCGAGCUGUUCCCAGCAGUCGGGCGCGCCCUGCGCAGCAAGUUCGCCAUCAUCCGACAGGCAGCUGCUCGUUGUUUUGCUGCGAUGUGCGAUGUGAUGACCGUCAGCGCCAUGCACUUCGUCAUCGACGAGGUCUUGCCUUACCUCGGUGACACGACAGUCUUGGCGAAUAGGCAGGGUGCCUGCGAGCUGGUAUACAACGUUGUACAACGACUCGACCACAAAGCGCUUCCAUACGUCAUCUUCCUCGUGGUGCCCAUUCUUGGUCGCAUGAGCGAUCCGGAUGACGACAUACGCUCGACGGCGACGAACACCUUCGCGACGCUCGUGAAGAUGGUGCCGCUGGAGGCCGGUAUGCCCGAUCCCGAGGGCUUUUCCGAGCAAAUGCUCGCCCGUCGCGAGGCAGAGCGCCAGUUCCUCACGCAGCUUCUGGAUGGUAGCAAGGUCGAGCAGUACAAGAUCCCCGUCGAUAUCAAGGCCGAGCUGCGCAAGUACCAGCAGGAUGGUGUCAACUGGCUUGCUUUCCUCGCCAAGUACCAGCUACACGGUAUCUUGUGUGACGAUAUGGGCCUCGGCAAGACGCUACAGUCCAUUUGCAUCCUGGCCAGCAAGCACUUCGAGCGCAACCAGCGGUACAAGGAGACAAAGUCGCCGGAUGCAAAGCACUUGCCCUCCAUCAUUAUCUGUCCUCCGACGCUCACUGGUCACUGGUUCUACGAGAUCAAGAAGUACGCCGAGAACCUACGACCAGUCAUGUACGUCGGCAACGCGCGCGAGCGCCAGCGGAUCGCCUCUCGGCUCAAGGACUACGACGUCAUCAUCACCAGUUACGAGGUUGUCCGCAACGACAUCGUGACGCUGCAGAGCAAGUCGUGGCUCUACUGUAUCCUUGACGAGGGCCAUGUCAUCAAGAAUGCGCGGACGAAGCUUACGAAAGCUGUCAAGUGUAUCAAGGCGACUCACCGUCUGAUCCUGUCUGGCACGCCUAUACAGAACAACGUGCUCGAACUCUGGAGCUUGUUCGACUUCCUCAUGCCAGGCUUCCUCGGUUCGGAGGCAUACUUUGCAGAGAAGUUCAGCAAGCCGAUCUUGUCCAAUCGCGACGGUAAGAGUAAGAACGGCGAAGCUGCUGCGCUCGCUCUCGAGGCACUACACAAACAAGUGUUGCCGUUCCUGCUUCGACGCCUGAAGGAGGAUGUUUUGAACGACCUCCCGCCGAAGAUCAUCCAGGACUACUUCUGCGAGCUUUCCGACCUGCAAAAGACACUCUACGACGAAUUCUCGCGCUCGCAGGCUCGAGAGAACGCCGAAGAGGCUGUUAAGAGCGAGGGAAAGAAGCAGCACGUCUUCCAGUCGCUUCAGUACUUGCGCAAGCUUUGCAAUCACCCCGCACUCGUACUCAAGUCUCAAGAGGACGUCAAGGGCGCGCUGCAGAAGAUCGGACAAACGGACCCGAAGGCAAUGAGCGAUAUCGUGAAUGCGCCGAAGCUCCUUGCGUUACGGCAACUGCUCGUCGAUUGUGGCAUAGGAGGACCAUCUUCACUUCACAGCGGCGAUGGCGGAAAGGGCGAACUGGCCGAUGCGGACUCGUCCUCUUCAGGCGCAUUCUCGCAGCAUCGCGUGCUCAUCUUCUGUCAGAUGAAGCAGAUGCUGGACAUCAUCGAGACGGACCUCUUCAAGAAGCACAUGCCCGCUGUGACUUACAUGCGCCUCGACGGAGGUACAGACGCGAACAAGCGCCAUAACGUUGUACAAACAUUCAAUGCCGACCCCAGUAUUGAUUGUCUGCUCUUGACGACUCAUGUCGGUGGACUUGGUCUUACGCUCACUGGCGCGGACACGGUCAUCUUCGUCGAGCAUGACUGGAAUCCGAUGAAGGACCUGCAGGCCAUGGACCGCGCGCAUCGUCUCGGGCAAAAGAAGGUCGUCAAUGUCUACCGCCUCAUCACCAAGGGCACUCUCGAAGAAAAGAUCAUGGGCUUGCAACGCUUCAAGCUCAACAUCGCGAAUUCAGUCGUCACGCAGCAGAACUCUGGCCUCGCGUCCAUGGACACGGAUCUCGUGCUUGAUCUAUUCAAGCACACGUCCGCAGACGAAGAAGCGGCGGCGGCGAAGAAGGAUAAGCCCGCGUUUGACGCCCCACCUGGCGCGAAGAAUAUCUUGCAGGGCUUAGAGGACCUGCCUACGGAGGAGGAGUACCAGGAUCUGGAACUGUCUUCGUUCAUGUCAUCCCUGACUGGUUGA